AUGCUUUUGGGUGUCGUAUGCUUUAUUAGAUUCACAUCAAUAUUUUCAAAAAAGUGUAACACAUUACUAACUGAUUUUGUCAUGGACUUGCAUCUGUUGAAUUUUAAACUUGAAUCAGAAUAUUCUAAAAAGAUGAACCUGUUCAUUCAUAAGCUCUCGCAUUUCUUCAGUGUAUACUCAAUAAUUCUAAUUAUAAUAACUGCCUCAACUUUCAACGUCGGUCCGAUUGUCAUAAAUAUAUACAACCUCUAUCAGAAAUAUAAUGAUCCACUGACUACCAAUAUGACAUACGAACAUGCCGUUUAUUUCGCGUUACCUUUUGAUUACGAGCACAAUUUAAAAGGAUAUUUUGUUAUAUGUUUUAUCAACAUUUAUUAUUCAAUAAUGUGUGGCAUGAUACUUGUCACUUAUGAUUUGGUAAUCGCUUUAAUUGUGUUCCAUUUGUGCGGACAUAUAAAAAUAUUGAUCAAUAAUCUUGAGGAUUUUCCUCGACCUGGAUUCAAAGGGCAAGUUUCGAAUGCUAAUGCGUCCACGAUGCGUUAUACCGACGAAGAAAUGCUGGAAGUGACUGACAGAUUAAAAGUUCUCAUAAAAUGUCACAAUUUUACUAUCAAAUAUAACAACAAAAUCUCAAAUACCAUUGGUGUUAACGUAGCAAUUUAUUUUAUAUUUCAUCAAAUCAGUGGAUGUCUGCUGCUCUUGCAAUGCUCGCAACUGGAUAUCAAAUCCCUGAUAAGCUUCAUCCCCUUGACGAUAGCUCUCAUUGAACUUUUGGUGCGAAUGUCUAUCGUCUUCGAAGUUAUUAAAUCAAUGUCAGAUCCCUUAAUGCAAGCAGCGUAUGGUGUUCCUUGGGAGUGUAUGGACGUUAAGAACAGAAAACUCUUGCUGUUACUCCUGAAGCAGACUCAACUACCCAUGGGUCUGAAGGCCAUGGGGAUAGUGGAUGUUGGAAUUCAAACCAUGGUUAUGAUAUUGAAAACAACAUUCUCAUAUUACAUGAUGUUACGAGCAUUUGAGAAAAAAUAG